AUGAGUUUUCUCAUCUCCCACAACUCUUACUCAAGCGAAGGAAAGUUGAGUAAAGAAAUUGUUGAGGAAUAUGUGAAGGCAAACAUGGGAGGAAGAAAAGAAGAAAUGAAAGCUGAAGGAAAAGUUUUCGGUUUGAGAUUAAGCUCUCAAGUUCAACAUGAAUGUCUAUUUGAAAUUGGUGAAGGCAAUGUUAGGGAAGUGGCAUAA